AUGGAUUUGGGAGUUGGUGUAUUGGAUGAUUGUAUAUAUGCAAUUGGUGGAGAAGAUUUCAAAAAUCCAUUAAAAAGUGUAGAGGUAUUUGAUAUCAAUAUUCAAAAAUGGAGAACAGUAAUUAGUAUGUCUACUGAAAGAAGUGAUUUGGGUGUUGGUGUACUCAAUAAUCGUCUAUACGCUGUUGGUGGUUUUGCAAAUGGUGAAAGUUUUAAAUCUGUGGAAUAUUAUGAUCCCACACUUGACAUAUGGACUCCAGUUGCAGAAAUGUCUGAGUGUCGUUAUGGUGUUAGUGUAGGGGUUUUGGAUGGACUUAUGUACGCAAUUGGUGGCUAUAAUGGAAUGGUGGAUCUUAAAAGUGUUGAGGUUUAUAGACCAAGUGAUGGAGUUUGGUCUUCUAUACCUGAUAUGAAUUUAUGCCGAUAUCACCCUGGAGUAGCCGUAUUAGAUGGCGAAGAAAUAGUUGUACAACCAGAUAUUCAAGAGGAGGAGGGAAGUGACAUUUUUCGAGUACCUGAUAAUUGGGACUACGAAACAGACAGCGACUUAGAUUGGCAUUUUGACGGCGGUAUAAAUCCAAAUAAUACGACACCUCAUUCAUCACAAUCAACACCGAUGAGUGUUGCUACUUCGACAACACCUAAACGAGCAAAUGAUCAGGCACAGGGAAGUAGCAGUGGUUCCAAGAAGAUGAAACUUCCUGGUACGGGGAAUCAAACAGCUGAUGAACCAGAUACUGGGAAUCCUAGUACUGAAAAUGUUGUCAUACCUCGGCCAUUUCAUAAAUCAACAGGAUAUACAAUGUUUUUUAGAAAAAUACACUCAAUUAUUAGUUAUGGUUUGGCAAGUGUUCAGCUCCAACUUGGAAGCUUUGCUAGCGAACGUAUGGGAACAACAUCUCUAAUGUACUUACCAGUAGACAAACCUUAUUUUUAUAUGUCACCAUCAGAGUUUAAUAAUAUAGUUAGUAAUAUUCGUGGAGUACGUGUGUUGAAAGUGAAAUGUAAAGUUGUUAUGCGUAAUCCUAGAACGGCUUUUGAGACCAACGCGUCAACAAGUAAUUUGGCAACUUUAAAUCAAAAUAAAUUUAUACAACAUGCAACUGGUUUAGUUAAUUGCACUAGAGGUUUUAAUACGGUAUAUGAAUUUGCUACUGCAACUAACCCUAUGGUGCCGACAUCUUGUAAAAUAAUCGAUACUACAUUUAUGAAAAAAGUAAUAAGUGCUAUAAGUAAUAUGUACGGGACAAAAAAUGACGACUGGUUGAAACCGAAUUGGUCCGCAGGUGCAACUUUACCAUGUUCGUUUAUGAAUUUGCUUAUGCAAUUUCCAGCUUAUUAUACUAUGUAUGCAAACAGUGCUCAAAAUCAAGGGAAAAUUGGAUGGCAAAAUAUUAAUGAACACGUAACAAAAAUGGAUGCUAGCGCAGUUAUAGGUACUACAAUUAUUGAUUACGAAUAUACAACUACUUUAUCAUAUUUAUCAAUGCCGUGGAAAGCAAUAUUUGCGGGACGAGCGGAGUCUAACGGCACGAACAAAGAAUCUUUUAAUCUCGCAGAUACUAAUAGUAUUGCAUUACCUAAUAGUUAUACAAUGGAUAACACUAAUGGUACGUGUAAAGCCGACGUAUCUAAUAAUUAUUCAUUGUUGACUGACGCUAAGUGGAAACAAUAA